GUAGACAUGUACAGUGUGAGAAGGUGAUCACAAUGCCUUUAUAGUUCUUCACUUGUAGCUCAUGACGAAAGAAUGGCUUUUCCUUGUGGUUAUCUGUGAUUUUCAUAUUGCUGGGAUAUUUAAGUAAAUGCCAUAUGAAUGUAACUAAGACAGUAUUAAUGUCCAAUAUUCACACAACCAGAAAUGUUGAAAUCAAUGUUAAAUAAAUAUGUAGCUACCAAUCAGAUAACAAGAUUAAAACCAUAUGAUGUCGGUUUGCUCAUCUGUCAACAUUCACGUGUUAUCAGUACAAUGUUACAGACUCCAACUCAGGUCACCUUGCGCAAUUCAGCAUGUCAAUCAUGACACAGUGAAGGAUGGGAGUCAGAGCCAAUGCUGUAAAGGGGAGGAUGUGCUGUAGUUCAGUUGGGUGUACUUCAGAUCCCAGAGACCUGAGGAGAGCAGACAGGAGAAUGCAGACACGGGAUGUUCUCUGUGACUGAUGCUCCCUGCAGGCGGAGCCUCUGCCCAAGAGAGAUUGAACAGAGGACAGGCAGAGGUGUUGAAGAGCCAUGGACAAGACUACCUUGUUGGCAACAGGCUGACCAGGGUGGACAUUCACCUGCUGGAACUUCUCCUCUAUAUUGAAGAACUUGACUCCAGCCUUCUGGUCCCUUUCCCCCUGCUGAAGGCCCUGAAGAGCAGACUCAGCAGCCUGCCCAAUGUGAAGAAGUUCCUACAGCCUGGCAGCCAGAGAAAUCUUCCCAUUGAUGCCAAACAAAUCGAAGAGGCUAGGAAGAUUUUCAAGUUCUAGGAUAGCUGCAUUGAGAGAGCCCACAGACACCAGUCUCUGGGGUUUUUAAAUGAUAAACAGCAAUUGUUCAUCCUGGUAUUUGAGAAAAUGAACAUGAACAAGGGAUAUAUGUAUGGCAUGUGUUCAAAUUGUUGACCUGGGAUUGCAGGAUCACAUUCUAAGAAGGCAAAUAAUAAUCAUUACAAAUAAGAGCAAAGGUUGUACAAAUGAGGUAAAACUAACUAAAAAGAACACUGUCAAUAGAAAAGAAGUGACUAACAUUGUUGUAGAAUGUGCCACAAAAUUUAAAGGUAACAUUAAUUACAAGACAAAGAAAUAAAAAUGAAAAAAUAGAAUAAAAAAUAAAGACAAAAUUUAAGGUCUAAAAAAAGAGUGCAAUUACGGGAGAAGGAAUUGGAUAACUAGUGUAAAGAUAUUUUAAAGAAAGA